CCUGCUGUUGUGCGACUCCUGUUGGUUAUACAGAGAGUCGCAGCCUUCCUUCAGCUCCAACAACAGACUUUUUGUUGUCUGCUGCCACAAACCGGCAUUGUGUUUUUUAGUACUUCAAAAGCAGAAGCCUCGAUACAAACGCCACGCACUGCAGGGAUGUCGAAACUAAAGCUAAUAUCUGUAACUGACACACAGUAUCCUGUGUCAUUGCUGGAGGCCAUCAGUGAGCAGAGAAACAACGGAUUAUUUUGUGAUGUGACCAUAAUUGUACAGGAGCGUAAGUUCAGGGCACACAAGACAAUGCUAUCAGCCUCUAGCACUUACUUCCGUCAGCUGUUUUCAGUUGCAGGGCAAGUGAUUGAGCUAAAUUUUGUCAAGGCAGACAUAUUUGAAGAAGUCCUGAAUUACAUCUACACCGCAAAAAUCCACCGAAUUCGGUCUGACAAGAUUGAAGAUCUUAUCAGUGCAGGCCAGAUCUUGGGAGUCAAGUUUAUUGCUAAUCUUGCGGCCCCACUUUCACAAGUAAAGGGACUACCUGGCUUGUCAAAAGAAGGGGACAAUGGCAAUUUAAAUACAAAUGAGAAAAAUGAAACUGGAGUGGAGAAUAUGCCAGUCAUCACAGAAUCAUUCACUUUAUCUGCUGAAGAAUUUAAAAUGGUAAGUGGCAGUGUUGACAAAGAAGAUCCAGACAAUGGUGAUGUCCUGUUUGUCUCAGAGGUGGAAGCACCGAAAGCUCAGAAAACAAAGAAAUCUCAGGUUAUAGAUUUGGAUAGGGAUCAAGGACCAGAGCCUAAAAGAAAAAAAGGCUCAAACGAAGAAGAACGGAACCCUGAAAAAGGAAAUGCCCAACAUGAGGAAAGCAAGCUCCCUUCAGAAGGUGAAGUGCCAAAAAAAUUCCAAGAAGCCCCAGAGCCCCAGGCAAUCCCUACAGCUGUCACUAUGUCUCCAAACACCAGUAGUGAUGUUAUGGCAUGUGAUACAAGAUUGUCCACACAGAGUGCACCCUCUACCCCAGAUAAUGUGAACAGGCUUACCCCUGACUCUCUAAAUACCACUUCUACCAUGCCUGUGGAAUCCAGUGAAGUCCUUGGAGUUCAGAAGAAGAAGGUUUUAUUGGAGCAGUCGCCAGAUCGGCCAAGCAAAAUCAGACUGUCAGAUGUGAGGCCAACCUUCAGCCCUAAUAAUGGAGCUGGGCUAGAUGCUGCUCUGACCAAGAAGACAAUUACAUUAGACAAAGCCUCAGAAAUUGAUUCGCUGUCAUCAGGAUGCAAGGUUUAUGCCAACAUAGGGGAGAACACGUAUGACAUUGUUCCUGUGAAAGAAUGCUCGGGUGAGGGAGAAGCUCGACCAGCUGCUGGCCGAAAAUCACAGACCUCAGUGCAGGGCACAAGCAAUCUGUCCCCUGGGUCACCUCGAGGAAAGAAAAAAGGUAAAGCAGAACAAGAAGACCAUUAUGAACUUAUUAUGGAUGGAAAGACUUUUUACGUGUGCGUUGUGUGCAAGCGUCCCUACGUGUGCCUGACAAGCCUUCGGCGGCAUUUUAACACGCACUCAUGGGAGAGAAAGUACCCGUGUCGUUACUGUGACAAAGUAUUUGCUCUGGCUGAAUACAGAACCAAACAUGAGAUAACUCACACAGGUGAAAGACGAUAUCAAUGUUUACUGUGUAAUGAAAUGUUUCUAAACUACCAGUUGUUGUCAUCGCAUUGCAAACAAAUGCACAAUCAAGACCCCUCAGGCAGGAAGGAGAAGGACGACACAGACAAUAACUUGUACCGCUUACUUCCAUGUAAAACACUGCAGUUUAAGCCGUACUCUUUUGUCUCUGGCGAGACCGGAGGGAUUCCAAUCAUUAAUGAAAAUGGGAUUGUGCAGCACGUUAACCCUGCCAGGCCACAUUUCACAAACCAGGAACUCCAUUCAAGUCAGAGCAAAAUGUUGAACUGGGAUGAUAUCUUUGUCGAACCCGAUGCACACACUCGGCCAGGGGCUCAUGCACGACCCGGACCCCCUCCUCGACCCGCAAACCAAAUAAAUGUAGACAACACAACAGAGUUUGAAUUUGUCAUACCAGAAACAUACUGAGCUGGCAUGUUCACAUAUCUGAUUACUAUGGUGCCUUUUAAUGUUGCAGGUUUCAAAGAAAUGCAUCAACUGGAAAAGUUAGUAAGUUAAUUAAACAGACAGAAUAUGCUUGUUAUUCAAGAUGGGUUUCUGGGGUUUUGUCAGAAUCAUAUGUCAAAUUUGACUUUACAGAACAGUUUAUAUCUGUAAAUUGUUCUGUAGCUCUUAAUUGCAUUUGUCUUUAAAUAAUAAUGCUUUGAAACUUGGCAGUACUUCUCAUACAACGGAUUUCUUUUAACUUUUAAUAUAAAGGUACAAUGUGGACAUGAUGAAAACCCACAAAAAAACCCCAAUAGUUUCCUACACUAAUCAGACUGUGGAUAUUACUUAAUUAGAAACCAUGUGAAUUCAUGUUGCAGUAUGCCAGAAUGAAAGGAAAAGUCAAGGAAACAAUCAAAGCACUUCAUAUUAUUCCUUUAAUCUGUGACAAACAUUGAAUUGCUGUGGGAAAAAAUGAUGAAUGGUAUCAAUGGAGAAAUUGUAUGAGUUUGUGGGGUAAAUACAUGUUCACUUAAUUCUGUUUGAAUUAUGGCAUAGUUAAGCAUUGUGAGUUUCAUUUUACGUGUUUUACAUGUUCAACAUUUCUGUGGUAUUGUUAGUGUGGAGGAACUUCAUGAUGAGUCAGAGUGCAAACCAUUUAUACAAAGUGUACAAAAUCCCUUGUAUCAUUCCAGCACACACAAAAGUGGGCGAACGUGCAGAAGAUUAACUUAAAAUUCAGUACUGGAUAUAUUUUAAACAUUCUGCGGACUUUUGUUUUUCUUUUUUUAUAGCGUUUUGGAUCUUUCAUAAUGAUUGUCUCAAUAGGUUCUACAAUAAUAAUACACUCCUUUCAUUACAGAGACCAUUCAUUUUACAUUAUUCUCUCGAUUUUCUUGUCAAACAUAAAUAUUUGUAUUUAUGAUUUGAGUGCAGAGGUGGAUGGCAGACAUUUGUGAAUGUUAGUAAUAUGUCCAUUAUUUAGCAGAUUGCACUUGUAAUAUUGUACAUUUUUAUUUAUAUUCUGUCCAUAUAAGGCUGUGUUUCCACCAAGAGUGUAUGAAUUAUUGUGAAUUAAUGAAGUAAAUGGGUGAGCCUUUACUCAGCAGACCAUUAUCUAACUGUAAGUUGAGGAGUAAAUGAUAGCAAUUUUUUUUCCACAUGUGCUUUUCUAUAUUUCCUUUUUACAUAUACAUAUAUGUAUUCCAUUAUAUUCUAGUUAGUGGGUAAUGGUUUGGACAGUAGGAUGAUCAUGUGACUCAAUAUUGCCACAGUCAGAAAGUGAGUGCUCUAACAUUUGUUAAUCUUACAUAUUAACAAAUAUUUGUACUACUAAAGACCGUUUUAAUUGUUUCUAUUUUGUUCAGUAUUUAUUAGGUCUUAGUGCUGUACAAUGUGAAAUAAACCUUUAGAGUACUUAUUUCUCA